AUGCCCAGCGACGCCGCGACGAGCGAGAGCGCGAGUUUGCGCGAGGCGUCGACGUCGCAUUCGCCAUCGGCGCCCCGUCUCUCGCCCAUCAUCAUCGACGACGACGACACUCCCCCCGCCGCCGAUCCCGCCCCCUCCGCCUCCGCCGUCCUCGCCAAGCCGUCGUCACGAAGAGCAAACGGCGUCGUCAAGAUCGAGGAAGACGUCGCGGUGAAGGAGAAAAGAGUACGGCUCUCGUCCAGCGUCACAGGCGCAGGCAAGCCUGCCUCGGCUGCGGUGGGCGCCAAACCAAAGUCAACCAAGUCCGCUGCUCCCCGCUCGCCGUCGCCGUCUCCGCCACCGCCCGCGCCGCCGCUCGAGACCAUUCGCCUCGACAUACCCCUGGGCGGGCCCGACGACUAUGAGGUCGACAUCUCGGUGCUCAGCAAGGCGACGGGGCAGCGGCCUCCCACGCCUCCUCCGCCAACGAAGCGCGACACCAGCGAUGAUAGCCAUAGCGAGGGCGACGACGAGGGUGAUGGAAAAAAGGACAAACGGAAACGCAGGAAGCGAAAGAACGCCGCAUCCGAGUACUACGACACGAACGACCCGUUCAUCGACGACUCGGAGCUCGCACAAGACCAACGCACGCACUUUGCGCAGACGAAGCAGAAGGGCUUUUACGUCUCGAGCGGCCAAGUCGCCCUCCUGAAUAAGCUCGUGACCCCGAAGAAGCCGAAAUCGAAGAAAGUCAACAUCCUCGCGCCCGCUGCCUCCGUCACCGCCGCGCUCUCCGCCGCGCCGCUGGCCUCCUCGCUCUCGCUGCCCGUGCUGAGCACGCAGGACGGCGUGUCGAAGAAGCGGCGGAAGACCGUCGAGAUUGUAGGUCAUCCUCGCCAUUCCUGCGACCUUGCAUCUGAUCACCCUGCGAAGCAACCGUUCCCUCCCGAGCUGGAGCAGGCGUUUGAUCAGCUCCGUGCGGCCAUCGCCAAGGAGAACUGGGAGGUCAAGGGCAAGUUCCCGCAAAGCCUCAAGCCUAUGCUCGCGUCGAUCGCGCUCAAGGCGAUUCUGCUGGGCCAGUACAACGACAACUUUUUCAACGUCAUGCCGCAGUUGUUCCCGUACAACAAGUUCACGAUGAGCAAACUGAUCAAGCGGACGGUCUGGCAGGAGCACACGAAACUGCUGUUGGAGCGACAAACGGCGCUGCUGGACGAGCUCAAAGUGCUGGCAGAGGAGGGGUUCCCGAAAGCGCAGGAGGAGUGGGAGAGAAGCGUGGUUGCGUGGGAGAAACGGCAAGAACGCGCCAAGAUGGAGGCAGAGGGCGGCUCCGUGGCGCACUCGGCAGAGGGCACGCCGGCCGCGUCGGACUCGCAGCCGACGCCGAAGCUGGAGACUCCUGCGUUGGCGGCGCGGCCAUCCGUCGACGACGGCGGGAAUGACACGGGGCUGGAGCACGAGGACGGGGCGGGGGCGCCGAACGCGCGGGGCGCGCGGGACACGCAUGCGCCGCAGAAACGAUAUCGGCUGACGGACGCGAUGAAGUUCAUCAUCUGGCAGCUCGUGUGCCUGAGCAACGAGUGCUGUCGGAUAGAAAACGAGAAGAACGCGCUCGAGGGGUCCAACCAGGUGGUGAGCGAUCAGGGUGUGCGCAAGAGCCUGUAUCAGAAGAUCGUCAGCGCGUUCCCGGAGGGCUGGCUGUCGUCCGGGCAGAUCUCUCGUGAAGUGAGCGUGAUGAAGAAGAAAUACGAGAAGGAGGUCAUGGAGAACGACACAUGAACAUUAUUGUCCGUCUCCACUGCCUCAUUGUUUGUUUCGAGCCCUGUGUCCCGCGCACGUUUCGCCAGGUUCUCGUCCAACCCUCCUGCCUGUGUACACCCGCUUUUACAACCGCGUUGGACACUGUGUACUCGAUGCUGUGUUUUUUGCAUACUUACUCUACGUGCUCUAGCUGUAAUGAUAGUUUCACAUUUCUCUAA